UCAGCGCUGUCCCACUUCUGGGUCCUACCCGCUGAUCCGGAGCGCAUCUUUAGAUACAGAUCAGAGGCGCUGACGAAGAGAAAUCCCUCCCCCCUCAACGGCCCCCUCGCAGAGCUUUAAUGUGUGGGUGCUGAAGUCAGGAGGGAGGGUGCUGGCUCUCUGAUCGAUGCCCAGCCUGCUCUGUCCCGGCUCUCCCUCCCUCUCCCCCCUCUCUCUCUCUCUCCGUGUGGCGACAGCAUGACUGCCUGCGUCAGACAGUAAACCGGGGCAGCCGCAGAGGACCCAGCAGCCCAUGAGAGCGCGCGGUAUGCGGGAGCGAGGGCCGGCUCAAUCCGGACAACACAUAGUGCAUUCCUGUGCAGGUCAGUGCGACUGCAUGGUCCAGUAGAAGUCAGCAUGCAGUGCGUGGGUCAGAACCUGGGGCUGAACACUGCUGUGCUGCUGCUGCAUACCUGGACCUGGGUCCGGACUGGCGCCAUAGAGCCCGUCCCCAAGAUUGACGGACAGCCCCACUCCGCAAUUACACUGAAAGAGAACACCACCCACAAAUUUAACUGCCAAUCAGAGGGCUGGGACCCACAAGCCCCGCCCCUGCUGACCUGGUACCUGAACGGGGAGAGGCAAUCACAGCCAUCGGACAACGGCACGGGGCGGUUGCUGGUGACGUCCCAGGAGGAGUCGAAAGUGCUGGAGGGGGGAUCCAAACACAACAGCACGUUCACGCUGCGUGCCAGGAAGUGGGACCGAGAGCUGGUGUGCGCCUCCUCGAACUCUCAAAGCGGAGAGAGCUACAAUGCCACCGUCAUCCUCAAUGUGCAGUUUCAGCCAGAGAUUGUGCGGGUGAAUGCCCACUACAGCGACACCUCUGACCCGGGCCUCUCCUUGGUUCUCUUCGCCUUGGUUCGCUCCAACCCACCCGCCACCAUCACCUGGGUUGACCAGUCCGGCCGGCUGGUGGCCAACACCUCUGACUUCCUCAUCCUGGACUCGCGCAGUUAUCCCUGGCUGACUAAUCACACAUUGCGGGUCACUCUGAGCAGCCUGUCGGGGAACGUGUCGGUGAAUGCUAGCAACAGUGUGGGCACUGCCCAGACCAACCUUACUCUCGCAGAAUUCCUGCAGUCCAGUGUGGAAGUGCCGAUGCUUGGAAUCCUGACAGGGGGCGCUGUGGGAUUCAUUACGCUGCUCAUCCUCACCCUCCUGCUCCUCUGUCUGCUCCACAAGAACAAGGGGAAGGACAUAGAGAAGCCGGAGGUAAUCACCAUACCCAGAAGUGAGUCGCCCCGUGUGCAGGUGGACAGCGUGUAUCUGCCCCGGGAGAACAUGUCCCUUCCCUCGAACCUGCAGCUCAACGACCUCAGCAACCUCUGCAAAGGACGAGGGGAGGCCAGGCAGAAUCCAGGCCCGGGGAAGAGGGAGGGAGAGGAUGAGGAAGAGGACCUGUCUGCUGCCUACGCUGCCAGAGGGUUUACCCGGUUCCCCAUGGUGGGCUACAUCUACAAGGUGAACAGCAUGAGCAGCGACGAAAUCUGGCUCUGACUGCAGCCCCACCUCCAUAUCUGGAGGCUGCAUGGUGGCACACCCGUCCAAUCAGACGCUCAGCACAGUCAGCCCAUCGACUGAUCACUUGGACCAAUCAGGACCAGCAGAGCUGCAGGCACCACUCUGACAGGAAGAAACAAAGCACAGGAUGACCUCGGGGUUCAUCUCUGCGAGGAAAAAAAGCCUUAAAGGUGGAACCAACAGCAUUGGUUGAUGCUCAAAUGACACCCUCAGCGAACACCCGUAAAUCUGAUUUGAAUGGACAGAACACUAGGGGGAGAACCUGGGAAACUAACUAAGGGGUGUGAACAUACUGUUGUUUGGUGCAUCCCCACCCCCUGUGAACAGCUAUGUGCUCUGGAUCUAUCUUAAAAUGCACUGCCCCAAACACUGAUCCAGGAUCAGGUAAUCCACAUGUAAUCCUCAUCAUAACUAUUUUAUGUGAAAAGCUGAAACUCCUCCAGGAUCAGUGCUUGGGGAAAUGGCUGUACCACUGUCUGUUGGCCACGUUCCCAGAACCCUCUGCUUUCAUGUGGAAUGUUACAUGUGAACACGUUCUUUGUGUAGCUAUGAGAAUGAUAAUGACAAUGUACAAUGUGAAAUAAUAUAUUUGUAUAGACUAAAAUGCACUUGGGAAUGCAGAUACCCAUAUUAAG